CCCCUCCCAUUGCAACGCCUACUUUCCCCCUCUGCCUCCUCCCCACCUAGGUCCCGUUAGCUCGGGAGGUACCCGGAUGGAGUGGCACGCAUGCGUACAAGCUGACAGGCGCGAAGCUGACAGGCACUGAGGAGGUGCUGGUGGGCCUCGCGUGAGGGGGUCGGGGGUGGGGAAUAAAUAUAUAUACUUAAGGUGGGACGCGUUGAGGAGGAGUGAAGCGCCGUCAUUUCCCCACGGAGGGAAAACCAGACAGACGUUCAGGCAAACCUCCUUAUUCCAGUUGCUUGCAGUGCUGAGGUUCUGCUCCGUUACAUAUCAGGAUUUGUCUGGACGACCGAGAAAUGAAAUGGUUAUAAGAAGCAAUUUCAGCGAUCUCUGCAUGCACGUCAGAACCCAGCUUUGCCACGGCUGCCCGCCCAGCAGACCUGCUUACAAGAGCCGGAGGGAUGGUGGUAGUCACGGGGCAGACCAAAGUGAGCGAUGCCAUGUCGAGUUCGGAUGCGGAGGAUGACUCUCAAGAGCCUGCCACGCCGACGGCCACCCAGGCAGAGCACGCUCUGUCCCUCCUGCCUCAGCAGUUCCCUGAAGUGGUUCCACUGAAUGUUGGAGGAGCUUAUUUCACUACCAGGUUGUCAACACUGCGGCGCCACGAAGACACAAUGCUCUCGGCUAUGUUCAGUGGCCGACACUACAUCCCAACGGAUGCGGAGGGGAGAUACUUUAUUGACCGAGACGGGAAGUUCUUUGGGGAUGUGCUCAAUUUCCUGCGGUCUGGUGACUUGCCUCCAAGGGAACGCGUGAGGGCAGUUUACAAGGAAGCCCAAUAUUAUUCCAUUGGACCCUUGCUAGACCUUCUUGAGGAGCUCCAGCCCCUCAAAGGAGAAAAAGUCCGGCAGGCUUUCCUGGGCUUGAUGCCAUAUUACAAAGAGCACCUGGAGCGGAUUGUGGAGAUUGCAAAGCUGCGCGCCAUGCAGCGGAAGGCCCGCUUUGCCAAGCUGAAGAUCUGCGUCUUCAAGGAGGAGAUGCCCAUCACGCCCUACGAGUGCCCGCUCUUCAACUCCCUGCGCUUUGAGCGGAGCGAGGGCGAGGCCAAGCUCUUUGAGCACCACUGUGAGGUGGAUGUGUCCUUUGGGCCCUGGGAGGCCGUGGCGGACGUGUACGACCUCCUCCACUGCAUUGUGACGGACCUCUCCAGCAGGGGCAUCACGGUGGACCACCAGUGCAUUGGGGUCUGCGACAAGCACCUGAUCAACCACUACUACUGCAAGCGCCCCAUUUACGAGUUCAAGAUCACGUGGUGGUGAGCCCAACUGGGCAUGGAAGAGGUAGUUGGCUGGUUUUGCCAUCUUCUCCAUGGCCUUGUUGCCCUGCAUUCCGAGAAACAGUGGCACUGCUGAUAGCGUGCUGGAGUCUUAUCUUGGCAGGAGAACUUAACCUCCAUUCAUAGCUAUGCAGCAAACUGGGGUCUCUCCUGUGAUUCUUGCUUCAAGGAAGAGAAAUCCUUCUGGAAGGACACAUGCUACUGUGGCUGACACACAGGGUCCCAGUAGAGGUAUAUGCCAGUUGGUGUGUAUUGAGGUUUUUGGAAGGGCUCUAAUCCGCAAUUCAAGCCUUUUUCGGCCCACGCUGGUCUCACUUGCCUGCACUUGCCUAGGGGGCACCGCCACACCGUUGCACAAUCUUCCAACUGCACCCCUGGAGACAUAGUUAGCUGUUUUGUAUCCACCUGGCAUUGGAAGUGCACAGGAGCACUUUAUUUUUACACCACUUCCGCUGGCAUGUGACUUUUUGCUGCUGUUCCGACCUUCAGGACAGAAGGACAAAGUAAUUUUCAGAGAUGCUGAGGUUUCAGAAGUGAAUUAUCUCUACAAAUGUCUGAACUUUCUCUGUGUUAAAUCAAAUCCCUGCUUUAUUUAUGUGUCUGUAUUGGUUAAUUCUUUUAUGUGUUUGUGUUGAAAUUUAAUUUAUUUCCACUCCCCUGACCCCAAAGGGCAGGUGUUGGGUGGUUCUUUUUAACUCCUUGGUGCUUGUCCAGACCGCAUAGGUUGCAUUCUUAAAUGAAUUAAAAAAAAAACAGUUUUUAUAUAUAUAU